AGGAGGAAGAGCAGAGGAGGAGCAGCAGAGAGGCAUUUCUGAAGAUCACACUGCACUUCCUGAGGAGAAUGAAGCAGAAGGAGCUGGCUGACCGUCUGCAGAGCAGGACUCCUGCUGGCAAGUGUCAACGUAAACUCAAGUCUAACCUGAAGAAGAGGUUCCAGUGUGUGUUUGAGGGGAUUCCUAAAGCAGGAAACCCAACCCUUCUGAAUCAGAUCUACACAGAGCUCUACAUCACAGAGGGAGGGACUGCAGAGGUCAAUGAUGAACAUGAGGUCAGACAGAUUGAAACAGCAUCCAGGAAACCAGACAGACCAGAAACAACCAUCAGACAAGAAGACAUCUUUAAAGCCUCACCUGGAAGAGAUGAACCAAUCAGAACAGUGAUGACAAAGGGAGUGGCUGGCAUUGGGAAAACAGUCUUAACACAGAAGUUCACUCUGGACUGGGCUGAAGACAAAGCCAACAAGGACAUACACUUCACAUUUCCGAUCACGUUCAGAGAGCUGAAUGUGCUGAAAGAGAAAAAGUACAGCUUGGUGGAACUUGUUCAUCACUUCUUUACUGAAACCAAAGAAGCAGGAAUCUGCAGGUUUGAAGAGUUCCAGGUUGUGUUCAUCUUUGACGGUCUGGAUGAGUGUCGACUUCCUCUGGACUUCCACAACACUAAGAUCCUGACUGAUGUUACAAAGUCCACCUCAGUGGAUGUGCUGCUGACAAACCUCAUCAGGGGGAAACUGCUUCCCUCUGCUCGCCUCUGGAUAACCACAAGACCUGCAGCAGCCAAUCAGAUCCCUCCUUGGUGUGUUGACAUGGUGACAGAGGUCAGAGGGUUCACUGAUCCACAGAAGGAGGAGUACUUCAGGAAGAGGUUCAGAGAUGAGGAGCAGGCCAGCACCAUCAUCUCCCACAUCAAAACAUCACGAAGCCUCCACAUCAUGUGCCACAUCCCAGUCUUCUGCUGGAUCACUGCUACAGUUCUGGAGGAUCUGUUGAAAAGCAGAGAGGGAGGAAAGCUGCCCAUGACCCUGACUGAGAUGUACAUCCACUUCCUGGUGGUUCAGUCCAAGCUGAAGAAUGUCAAGUAUGAUGAAGGAGCUGAGACAGAUCCACACUGGAAUGAAAAGAGCAGGAAGAUGAUUGAGUCUCUGGGAAAACUGGCUUUUGAGCAGCUGCAGAAAGGCAACCUGAUCUUCUAUGAAUCAGACCUGAGAGAGUGUGGCAUCGAUAUCACAGCAGCGUCAGUGUACUCAGGAGUGUUCACACAGGUCUUUAAAGAGGAGAGAGGGCUGUACCAGGACAAGGUGUUCUGCUUCAUCCAUCUGAGUGUUCAGGAGUUUCUGGCUGCUCUUCAUGUCCAUCUGACAUUCACCAUCUCUGGAGUCAAUCUGCUGGCAGAACAACAAACAACAUCCCAGAAGUCUGAAACUAAACAAAAAUAUACAGUGCCACAUUUCUACCAGAGUGCUGUGGACGAGGCCUUAAAGAGUCCAAAUGGGCACCUGGACUUGUUCCUCCGCUUUCUCCUGGGUCUUUCACUGCAGACCAAUCAGACUCUCCUACGAGGUCUUCUGACACAGACAGGAAGUGGCUCACUGACCAGUCAGGAAACAGUCAAGUACAUCAAGAAGAAGAUCAGUGAGGAUCUCUCUGCAGAGAGAAGCAUCAAUCUGUUCCACUGUCUGAAUGAACUUAAUGAUCAUUCCUUGGUGGAGGAGAUCCAACAGUCCCUGAGAUCAGGAAGUCUCUCCAAAGAUGAACUGUCUCCUGCUCAGUGGUCAGCUCUGGUCUUCAUCUUACUGUCAUCAGAAAAAGAUCUGGAUGUGUUUGACCUAAAGAAAUACUCUGCUUCAGAGGAGGCUCUUCUGAGGCUGCUGCCAGUGGUCAAAGCCUCCAACAAAGCUCUACUAAGUGGUUGUAACCUCUCAGAGAGAAGCUGUGCAGCUCUGUCCUCAGUUCUCAGCUCCCAGUCCUCCAGUCUGAAAGGGCUAGACCUGAGCAACAACAACCUGCAGAGUUCAGGAGUGAAGCAGCUGUCUGAUGGACUGGAGAGUCCACAUUGUGCACUGGAAACUCUCAGGCUGUCAGGAUGUCUGAUCACAGAGGAAGGCUGUGCUUCUCUGGCCUCAGCCCUGAGCUCCAACCCCUCCCAUCUGAGAGAGCUAGACCUGAGUAACAACAACUUGCAAAGUUCAGGAGUGAAGCAGCUGUCUGCUGGACUGGAGAGUCCACACUGUGCACUGGAAACUCUCAGGCUGUCAGGAUGUCUGAUCACAGAGGAAGGCUGUACUUCUCUGGCCUCAGCUCUGAGGUCCAACCCCUCCCAUCUGAGAGAGCUUGACCUGAGCUACAAUCAUCCAGGAGACUCAGGAGAGAAGUUGCUGUCUGCUGAACUGGAGGAUCCACACUGGAGACUGGACACUCUCAGGCUGCAGCCUGCUGGAGUCCGAUGGUUGACACCAGGUCUGAGGAAGUGUAAGUGUGUUUUUCAUUUCAUUCAUCAAAACAAAGCUCAUUCACAUCCUACUGAGGAUGAAGAUGAUGUCAUCAUCAAACAGAUGAUAGAUCAAUAACUGCAGCUGUAUUGUGUCUCGUUCU